UUCUCUGGCAUUAUCACUUAAAUAACUUUGAUUUCCUUCAGGGGAAUAAGACUUAGAAAUACCUGAAAUUAUUACAAUUGUUUUAUAUUUUUAGUAUAACAAACAGUAUUAUAUUGUUGUUCGUACCUCUGAGAACAAGAACCAAUCGUGCAACAGGAAGAAGCUGUUUGUAUACAUUGAGGGUGGCCAGACUGUCCACUUACCAGUGAACAAGCAACUUUACAGCUUCAAAUUAUGUUUAAAAAAUGUAUUUGUCUCAACGAUGUAUUACUUUAAUAUAACAUAUAUCCUAGACAUGUAGGGCUAUUACUAGGUAGAUAAAUAUAUGUAAAUAUAUAGCCUAAUGCAUUUAUUACAAUAAUGAUAGUAUCUAAAUCAUGAACAGUCCAUAUGCUUGUAUUUCUUUAAUUAAAUAUUAUCAUCAAAUACUACUUAAUAAGUAAAAUAAUUGCUGUAAUUGUACUGUUAUUUAAUAUUUGGAAAGUAUUUAGAAUGUUUUUUUUCCCUAUUCAGCACAUAUAUUGUUAUGGGCCUAUAUAAUAUUUUUAAAUUGUUCUCAGGAACUGAAAUAUAUAAUCCUCAACUCUCAAAUAAUCCUCAAAGAUGCCUUUCCUUAAUCUACAUAAAAUGUUAUUAUCCUUGAAGCGAUACUGCCUUUCAUGCAAAGUCUGUAUAGUGAAAUAAUACUGUGUAUUUAUACACAAAUGGAUAACUAACCAUUUUUCAACUUUUAGGCAUACAACAUACCAAAAAAGAAAUUUUUGCUGUACAUCAAAUCAUUUUCUGUAUGAUUUGCUAUACAAUGUAACAUUCACCCUAUCAAAUAUAAUACCAGUAUUCAAAGUAAAUGUAUUAAAAACAUUGUUUAAAAUGUGUCAAUUUAUUACUGAUUUAUUACAUAUUACUGCAAUAUGAACACACAUCAUUCCCACUACUGCAAAUUUACCAUGAAUAAACACAAAUGUCAUUGCAUUUUCACUCAAACCCAAAGUAAAACCCAAUAUAAAAUAGACUUGUAUGAAAGAAGCGGGACAUAUCAGAGCAAGACCUCCUGUAUGAUUCACUUAUAUAAUGUCUUAACUUCAACCUUCAAACCCCUCUACUAGUCCACCGCAACAUGCCCAAGGACCAUGCCAUGGACUUUGUAAUGGCGGAGUAUGGCCGUGGGCUUGGGGAGCGGACGCAGCAGAAGGACCCUGCAGAAACAGGGGCGCGGGCAGCCGAGCUGGUGGAUGACUACCUGGAGAGAGAGAAAAUGGAGAGGCAUGCUGUGCCCUCUGACACCCGCCAGCUGCUCUUCUUCCUGGCCGAGGGAGUCCACCUGUACCCCGAGGAGCUGAGCACCAUCACAGAGUACCUUCGCAACCGCCAGGACCAUCUGCAAGGUGCAGCCACACAACCAUAGUGCCCAUAGGCUUUAUGCACAGUACAAGCUUUUUAUUUAGGACUGCGAAUGAGAUCUCCUUAUUUUCUAAUCAUGAAUGUGAUUGUUCUUUGUCUCUAACUACACCAUAUAUUGCAAUUUGUUAAUGGAAAUACAGGACACUAAAGUGACUGCUGAGUUAUAACUAAUGUAUUUUUAGGGUGUUAUACACUCCUGUAAAGGGUUGUUCUAAUGUUUUGUCUCUUUCCAAGCCACGUCUGAGACUGGUGAUGGCCCCCGGCCUGAGAGGAAGAAGAUGUUGCCUCCUGGUUUAGGGAAACCUCCACCGCUGCUACCUACCCCCUCAGGCCCUCAUGGCAGAGAGCCACCCCCUGGGAUGGGAGAGCACCCUGCCACCCCCCUCAUGACUCCAGGUGAGUUACCAUUCUCUAAAUAUAAAUGUUCUACAGGGUAGAUGGGAUGGGUAUCAGAUGGGAAUGUUAAAAUCAAUCACUCAUGAGUAACUUGUUAUGGCUAUGCUUGUAUAUGUAACUGUUGACAGUCUCUCUGAUCUGUUUUCUAUCUAGGCUCAUACCCGAAGACCAAGCCCCCUCCACUGCUGUCCAUGCACCAGGGACAGGGGCUAUCUCAUCGUUCCCCUCAUGGUCCCCCACCUCCUCACGGCCCCUCUUCUACACAUGGACCUCCUCACGGCCCCCACGGUCCACUACCUCGUGGACCCCCACACCACCAUGGCCCCCCUAACCCCCGAGGGCCCCCUCCCCCCCGUGGUCCUCCACAGAGUGGCCCCAUGCCCCCACACGGCCCCAGAGGAGCCCCACCAUCACUGAAGAGCCUUCACAUGGGACCACAGCCUGGGCUGCUCCCCUGUCCAGGUUAGUCACAUGCCUUACUAUUUCAUGCCCUUCAGCUGUCAUCUUAGGUUAGGCUCACUAAGAGCCCUAUUCCAUGAAAUGUAAGCGUCUUAAAGAGGAAACGGACCAGAGCAACAGACUGCAGAGUGUACUUAAAAGCAGCGGGUGGCAGUCCUAUUGCCUCUGACCACAGAACAUCAAAUGUUCUUUUAUUUUCAUUUCCCAAUGCUUCAACAUGUUGAAUUGUCACUGUUCUUCAUCACCCAGCACAUAAUUGACUGCACGGCCGACGUUCGUUAUGUUUUCCCUCUUGGCGUCUUAGGCAGGGGUCAGCAACACAUUACAGUAUAAUACAACAGUAGAAUUUCUGUAACAUGUCAAUAUCCACAAAACUAUUGUACAUUUAAUCCAACCAUGUUCCUGUCUCCUGUCUGAUCAGGUGGUCUGCCUCCACACCCUAACACACCCAGGCGCUGAGAGAAGAACACCUCUAGACCACCAUGCACAGACAGCAGAAAGCAUCAGAGCUGACCAGGAAACACUGUCAUACUGGCCUGAGGAGUGGGAUCUCCUUCAGCUCAGUACCCUGCUGCUGCUUUCUCAGGACCCCACACUACCACUCCUCAUCCCAGAGCCCUGUGUAGAUAGAGGAUCUCUGUAUCCAUAGUUUAGCAAGCUGAAAUAGAAUGUUUGGAUGUAUUUGACUAUUUGGAAGUUCAGAGCUCAAUUUUUAUGAGCAUUUGAGUUGACCCACAGCAAUGUUCAGGAGCCAAGUCAGAACAAAUGAGAUGUUUUUUUUAUUUUUUUUAUUGCGUUCUCAGAUUCUUUGUUUUGUGUUUUUGUUUCAUUGAUCUGUUUUUGUAGUUUAAGUUUUUAUCUGAAAAUUGGCUGUCGAAUAUUAUAAUAAACAAUAGAAUAAAGGCUAAUCAAUCUCAUCUCUUUUGCUAUUAUUUCAUCACACUCAAUGGUCUGUCUUUGGAUCCCAGAUUUGUCCUAGAACAUAGUAAGCAUUUCACGAUAAAGUCUGCACCUGUUGUAUUCAGUGCAUGUGACAAAUAUAAUUAGAUUUUAAUCUUGUGGUAAAUAUUAAGGCGAUAUGUUCAGGAGCAGGUCUGAACAUGUGGUUAUCAACUUCGUCAUUUAUUUUGUUAACUAGGUAAAUUGGUAAUGAUACUGGAAUAAAAUGAGCUAAUAAAUAAUGACUUUGAACUCAGUUUCUUAGGCUCUAUAUUAAUAUAUGCUCUACAGGUGUUUUAUUUGGAUAAAACAUUCCAUUGUAGUGUUUUCAGUUGGCAGUCAGAGAAAUGA